UCACAUCCCGGCGGCGGUCUUGUUUGUCUUCUGUUCGGUUCGGCACGCACGUUUUUCUGGGAGCCGCUUAUCUCCCGCAUAGAUUCAUCAUUUUUGUGGUCCAGCAAAAAUAAGGAAAAGAUCGUACUUUUCGGCACUCAAAACUGAUAAGAGUAUCAGUUAGUUCCCCAGAUCGUCACUUACAGACCAGCGUUCGAGCCGUGCGGUUCUAGUUUGCAGUUAAUCCGAGCAGCAACAGCCGAUUCCCCGACAAGAUGUCCAAGCCCGACUACAAAGUUGCCGACAUCAGCUUGGCUGAUUUCGGACGCAAGGAAAUCAUGCUGGCCGAGAACGAAAUGCCCGGAUUGAUGGCUUGCCGCAAGAAGUACGGACCGCAAAAGGUUCUGAAGGGGGCCCGCAUUGCCGGAUGUCUGCAUAUGACCAUCCAGACGGCGGUCCUCAUCGAGACGCUGGUCGAACUGGGAGCUGAGGUUCAAUGGAGCAGCUGCAACAUCUUCAGCACCCAGGACCACGCUGCCGCCGCCAUCGCCAAGACCGGCGUCCCGGUGUACGCGUGGAAGGGAGAGACCGACGAGGAGUACAUGUGGUGCAUCCGCCAGACGUUGGUCUUCAAGGAUGGCCAACCGUUGAACAUGAUCCUGGACGAUGGUGGCGAUCUGACCAACCUGGUCCACACCGAGUACCCGCAGUACCUGGAGGGAAUCAAGGGUAUCAGCGAGGAGACCACCACCGGUGUGCACAAUCUGUACAAGAUGCUGAAGGAGGGCAAGCUGGGAGUGCCGGCCAUCAAUGUGAACGAUUCGGUCACCAAGAGCAAGUUCGACAACCUGUACGGAUGCCGUGAAUCGCUGCUGGACGGAAUUAAACGUGCCACGGAUGUGAUGAUUGCCGGAAAGGUUUGCGUCGUUGCUGGAUACGGUGAUGUGGGUAAGGGCUGCGCCCAGGCAUUGAAGGGAUUUGGUGGACGAGUUCUGGUUACCGAAAUCGAUCCCAUCAACGCCCUGCAAGCUGCCAUGGAAGGCUACGAAGUGACCACCAUGGAGGAAGCCAGCAAGGAAGCGCAGAUCUUCGUCACCACCACCGGAUGCACCGACAUCAUCAUGGGCGAACACUUUAUGAACAUGAAGGACGAUUCAAUCGUGUGCAACAUUGGACACUUCGAUUGCGAAGUCAAUGUGGCCUGGUUGGAACAGAACGCCAAGGAGAAGGUCAACAUCAAGCCACAGGUUGAUCGUUAUCUGCUGCCCAGUGGAAACCACGUGAUCCUCCUCGCAGAAGGUCGUCUGGUUAAUCUGGGUUGUGCCACCGGACACUCCAGCUUUGUCAUGUCCAACUCGUUCACCAACCAAGUGCUGGCCCAGAUCGAACUGUGGACCAAACCAUCGGAGUACAAGGUCGGAGUGUACGUUCUGCCUAAGAAAUUGGACGAAGAGGUUGCAGCUUUGCAUUUGGACAAAUUGGGCGUCAAGCUGACCCGGCUGAGCGCCCGGCAGGCCGAAUACCUGAACAUGCCCGUCGAUGGCCCGUACAAACCAGAACACUAUCGCUACUAAGUCCCCUCAAACGACACUAAUAGAGUAAGUUACGCCAUUGAUGAACUGGUGGAAUAAAAGUUUAAUUUCCUAAUAAA